AUUAGAGUUGCUUUUCGUUUUUCCACCCUUCCCCUGUUUUUAACCCAAAUCCUAUAGCAUGCCUAACGUCGGACUUAUCAUCGAUCUUCCACCGGAGAAACAAUCGGAAGUCAGAAUCUCAUCCGUAUUGGCCGGACGGGUAAUUUCCGAAGCCCCAGUUAACCGGAACGCGGUUUACAGGGUGCUUGCAAAGGUCUGGGCGAACAAGCUGGAUUUUCAGAUAAUUGAGUUGGAGACUAACCUCUACGCAAUCUCAUUGAUGUUACUAAGCCCUUUAGCUGCUGGGUUUUGGAGUAAUGGAAAAUGGAUUGAUUUAAAGUAUGAGAGGUUAUCUGAUUACUGUUGCAAGUGCGGGAGGCUUGGUCAUUCCGAGAGGGAAGAAAAGGUGAUGUCUUUAGUGGAUCUGAAGAAACCCAUGUAUGGUGAUUGGCUAAGGACAGCUCGAGUGUCUGAUAAGGAAAGAGAUUAUGGUGGGGUUAGUAAUGAGGUUAAGAGUGCAGAUAGUAGUAAUGUAUGGAGCGCGUGCUCACAUGCUCUUAAACAUAGAGAGAAGUCACAAGGAGGAAGAGGAGGUAGUUCCUAUAUAAUCCCGGCUAGGAGGAAAGGGGACCUUUCUUCAGAUGUUUCACCUUCUGUUCCUGUUUCUCCUACUGACCUAGUCCAGGAGCGCCCUAUGGAACAAGGGGGCGCUUGUAAUCUGAACCUUGGUAUAGGGGCUGCUAAUGCAUUGCCAAAUGGAUUGGCUGACAGAAGUGGAUAUGAAGAUUCUGUUUAUUUUGUGGAGAUACCUGAGGAUGAAGAGGAGAGGAAGCAGGGGAUGCCAAAGAACAGUAGCAAGAAGAAGAAAACAAAAACCCCAAGUGGGAGCACAGAGAAAGAUGACUGUUAUUACUCUUGAUAAUAUUAAUUUGAUAUAUGUGCCUCUUUACACUUUGGAUGUUUUUUGGUCUUUGGGCACACUCAAACUUCUAAUGGAAAGCGUUGUGUUCGCCUAGCAGCAACAGAGGAGCCAUAAUCCACAUCUUUUUGUAGAAGUAAAAUUAUUUUGAGUUU